AUGCAGUGCUCGACAAUUCACUGUGAGGAGCUCAAAAURAAGAAGAAAGAUGCAGAGGACUGCAUGGACCCUUACCCUCUUCAGUGUGUUGAGAUGGAAAGGUGUGAAAGUAAAGAGCUGGAUGUUGAAAUAAGGAACCUGAUAGGGAAGAGCAACAUUUAUGAUUCGUGCAAGGACCCCAAACCUCUUGCCCAAGAGAGGCUGAGCCCUCAGAGAACUUCGUGUUCCCUUAAGACUCCCAGUGAAGGAAACWCUCAAGGCCGUCUUGGGCGCACGUGGGCAGGUGAGAGUGACAUGGAAGCACCAGCAGAACCACUGGAAUCAAGGCACACAUUACUGACCAAAAAGAAACCUUCAUCAUCCAGUUCCCUGGAGCAACAGAUCCUCUCACUGGAAAGACAGAGACGAGAGCUUCUGGAGGUGAACAAGCAAUGGGAUCAUCAAUUUAGAAGUAUGAAACAGCUUUAUGAAAAGCAGCUGACAGAGAUGAAGGCAAAGCUGGAUGUGUCAGAGAGGAGAGUGAGCGAGCUGGAGCAGGAGCAACAUCGGCAGCAUCCCGAGGAGCAGAGGUGGCGAGCACUGGGCAGAGAGAGGCUGCUGCAGGAAAAGAAAGAUACAGAGGUCCUUAGUGAAGCUCUCCAUGAAAUGAGGGAAGAGAACAGGCUCCUGAAGCAGAAAAACGCCUCAAUGACCAGAAAGAAAGAGCACUAUGAGRGUGAAAUAAGUCGUCUCAACAAGGCCCUCCUGGAUGUGAUGAAAAAGCAGCACCCCCCUGUUGUUGGGGCUCCUCCAGGAAAGGGGGACAGGAACAGCAUUGAGGAGAUGAGAACCCAACUUGAAGUUCUUAAACAGCAGGUCCAAAUAUAUGAGGAAGACUUCAGGAAGGAGAGAUCUGACCGAGAGAGGCUUAAUGAGGAGAAAGAAGCAUUGCAGAAAAUUAAUGAGAGAUUGCAAUCUCAACUGAGUAAACUCAACUCGCAGACAAAAGAGCUCCCAGUACAACCUGAGAGGUCCAGUUGCCCCCCUCCCCUCUUCCUGUCCCCAUGUGUCAGUUGUGGGAUGGUUCUUCGCUAUCCAAAUCCUCGGGUGCAUCCAGUGCCUCACAGGGCACAUGAGCAGCAGCAGCAGCAGCAGCGCUUGCCAGACUAUCAGUGGUAUGUUCCUGACCAGCUUCCGCCAGAUGUGCAGCACAAGGCAAAUGGUAAGGCAACAGCUGUACAGAACAUGUAUUAA